AUGGAGCCUCUCUCUUGUCCUGCGUUCGAUCACGGAUAUGAUAUCCCAGAGAACGAGGUCAUACCGAUUGAAGAUUUACCGAGGUGUGGGGGGCGCGGGUGGGCAGGUUCAAACCGAUACGGUCAAUGCGGAGGUCUACUCCGUCCGGGUGUGGUAUGGUUUGGAGAAUCCCCCGAACACCAAGGCGAAAUUGCGCGCGUAUUCAACUGGGCAGAUUUGAUACUUGUGGUAGGAACUUCUGCUUUGGUCUAUCCAGCCGCCGGAUAUGUCAAAACCGUCAAGAAUAAUGGGGGGAAAGUUGCUAUAUUCAAUAUUGAAACAUCUUCCCAAGAUAGUGACGCCGAUUUUGUAUUUCUUGGCCCAUGCGAAGAGACGCUACCCGCAGUACUUGGAGUACUUGGUCGGACAUAA